AUGAAAGUGGACAAGCUCAAGGUGCGCCCCAAGAAGCUGGCCGCAAACGCGCCAUGUGCGGCCGAGUUUGCAACAGUGCUAGCGUGCUGGGCGAGCACCAGCGAUAUUCGCUCGCAAACAGCGUGUCUGGAGCAGACCAAGGCGCUGCGCGAUUGCAUGGCUACUCGGCGCCCUAAGGUGAACAAGAGCAAGCCUACAGUGAAUUACCAUCUUGCGCGUUUUUCGAAGCGAGUUUAG